AUGUUGUCUAGGAUCAUAUUCUGCAGUGCAGUGACAUUAGCAACAAUAACAGUAAUUGUUUUGGCUCUAGUAUCACCUGUUUCACAUAACAAGAUCCAUUCAAAACCAUGGCUUGAUCUAUCUCUUUACAUUCAACAACCUCAAAACAUGACAAUCUCAAAUACACAUGCUGUUCCAAGGGAAGAAGCCGGUGCAUUCGUCUUUCACCGCAUACUUACCGAGGGUCCGGAGAACACUUCAAAGGUUGUAGGAAAAGCACAAGGUUUCAUAAUUCCCGUGGAACGGUUUCAACAAUCUGAAUUCAAUGUUUUGUAUCUGACUUUUGAUGCACCGGAUCAUUAUGGUAGCUUGAGUGUGGAAGCAGUGAAAGAUAAGGAUAGAGAAGAGUUUAAGGUUGUAGGAGGAACAGGUUCGUUUGCAUUUGCUCAUGGUGUUGCUGUUUUUAGUCAAAGAGAUGAAAAAACAAGCGAUGAUGGUUUGAUUUAUCAUGUUAAACUUGAGCUUGAAUUCCCAAAUCAUUCUGGAAAGUUACUAUGA